AUGUCUGACAGUCAUUCAGUAAUGUGCAAUAUUCUUAAAAGAAAUAGAUUAACAUCUCCCAGCAGCAAUUUUAAAUACUCCAAUUUUAAAGACACAUGUUGUGCUUCGGUAUUUCUGGACAGUAGAUGCAAUGAGUCAGUAAGAAACCCUGAUGUAGAACAUAAAGAAACAUUGAGUGUAACAAGUUUUUCAUUGCUACAAGAGCAUUCUGAGCACAUUCAUCCAAAUGCUAUCUUUACUAUGUCAUCAUCUAUCGAAAAUGAAAUGAAUUCUAUUUCCUUAUCAGAAAGAAGAGAAAGAAAUAGAAGUGCAGAUUUUCUUGAAACUCCUAAAGUGAGUAGAAAAGGCUCCUCUCUACGCAGGAGGCUGCUUUUAUCAAAGACUGGUCCAGCUGGCACAACUGUAGGAUGCUGUGAAAGACAAGCUGUCUCUUCAGGAGGCAGCGGGACAAAAACAUUCUCUUAUGUUUUGAGCUCUGAAGAAAAACUUUCACAAGCUGCUUCAGAUUCCCCAAAAGAUAGAAGUUACAAAUCUCUGACAACUAGCACUUCAAAAACUGAGGAUUCUAAUCCUGAUUGCCCAAAACGGAGACUUUCCUUUUCACAACAAAGGACUUCUACGCUAGAUGAGUCCAAAUGUAAGGAUGCCUUAUUGCUAGAACCAGAAUGUUUAUCUCCAAUUCAGUGUAAGGAUGUUCUUGUUAGUAAUACUAAUGAAUUCAAUGAAAGUGUCCUUGUGAGCAUUAGUGAUGGGUUGCUUAGGACUCCUACUUACAGUGUGUUAGCUGAGGCCAAUGAGGGUAAGUUCCUGACUUCUGUCAACCGUCUUGUAGAGAACUUUAACUUUGAAUUAUGUGAUAAAAACUCUCCUUAUGUUAAGCUGGCAAGUUACCCAGAUCUUUCCACACCUGAGGAUAGUGGAUAUAAUUCACUUCAUUUGGACAAAUCGGUAGACUUAUCUGAUCAUGAGGGAUCUUUCCAAGAGUACUUACAAAAACAUAAAGAAAGCACCAAAAUUCUGGAUAGUAAAAGAAAGACAAGAAAACUUGAACGAGUGAGAAGGCUAUCCACUCUUCGGGAACAAGGCUCACAGUCAGAGACAGAAGAUCAUCAUAGCAGUCCUUCUAUUUCAGCAUGUAUGCUAACAGAAGAAAGAAACUUUGUCAGUGAAGACCAUGUGUUAGUUUUAGAACAGCCUUGUGGAGACUUAGUUGUAAGUCACGGAGAUCUCUCAAGAACUCCAGCUCUGAAAAUAGUUCGUGAAAUUUGCUUGCAAAGACAAAGGUCAAACCAAAAUCAAAUAUCAGAGAAUACUCAUGGAACAGAAAUAUUUGCAUUAGAUCACAUUCUUGCUGGACUUAUUGGCAAGAAAAUGGGCCUUGAAAAAUUAGAUAUUUUAACAGAAUUGAAAUACAGAAAUUUGAAACAUAUUCUUGCUAUAGUUUUAGAUGCUUUGACAGUGGAAAGUCUAUGCAGCAUUUGGAAAGUAAGCAAAAACUGGCGUGAAAUCAUUGUACAAGAUAAAAGUGCAGAUGAGAGGAGAAAGGUGUACAUAAAACACCUGAAAGAACAAGCCGAGGAAUAUUUCUUGAAAGCUGAAGAUGCUGCCACGAGACUUAAUGUUCUCAAUAGAUCUGCUCUAAGGCCUGUUCAAGCUCAAGCCAGGACUCCUGUAGUACAAUCGCUUUUGUACACUGAACUUACACCCAGGAGAUGCAGUUCUGUUCCCCAUUCAACUAGUAGGCAGGAAGAAUACAUACAAGUUGCUAGAACUCUCCUCACUGAUGAAGCUCUAAAACCCUGUCCAAGAUGUCAAUAUCCUGCUAAAUAUGAAUUGGUAAAGAAAAGGGGACUAUGUAGCAGAGAGGCAUGUGCAUUUGAGUUCUGUAUUUUAUGUCUGCAUGCUUUCCAUGGGUCAAAAGAAUGUGAUAGUUUAUCUGCAAAAUGGAAGAAUAAAAAAGAUGCUCCUCCAGGAAGUGCCCAAAGCAAAAGAAAUUUAAAAAGACUGUAA